AUGGGGAGCAUCAUUUGUUCUGUAGGAACAUCCUGCUGCUCUUGCUUGUGCAAUGCUUGCUCAAGUUCAUUGGAUGCACCUGCACGUCUAGAUAGAAAAUUAGAACACCUAACUCCCCCCCCCCUCCGUGAGCGAACAAAAAAAUUUUGUUCACUCACGGAGGGGGGUUAAUUUUUUUUUUUAAAAACAAAUUUUUAUAUAUAAAUUUUAUAAAAAAUAUUUUUUUCGAAAUUUAAAAAAAAAUCCUAAUUUGCAAAAAUUGGGAAGCAAAUACUAAUUUAAUUUGCAAAAUUUUAUGUUUUUAAAACGCAAUUUGUUUAAAAUUAAACAGAAUUAGCUCUAGAUUUCAUUAUACUAAUUAUCACUUAUAUAGCAAAAUUUUUUUCUAUUAAAAAUUUUUUCUAUUAAAAAUAUUUUUGUUCACUCACGGAGGGUGGGUUUUUGGUCAAAAAAUGGCGAUUUUUCUAAUGGUUUUGUUCGCUCACGGAGGGGGGGGGGGGGAGUAAGCAUUCUUAUCGUCGCAAUUUGUAUUGGCUUAUUACUUUACUAUUUUGGAGAUGACGCUCUAUCAUUUCUAGAAUUUCUUGGAUUAACUCCUAUCACAGGUCAGCAAGCAAUUUACCACGAGAGCUUUAGCUUACUCCCCCCCCUCCGUGAGUGAACAAUAAAAUUUUGUUCACUGGGGUUAAAUUUUUUUUUUUCGAAAUUUAAAAAUCCUAAUUCGCGAAAAUUUGAAAGCAAAUAUUUAAGAUUUAAGAUUUAAGAUUACGAUAACACUUUGUCGACCCCCACUUAGCUUAGGAUCUAACAAUACAAGCCCAUCCCUCCUGAAUUCCAUCACUGGCUAACAGCUCUGAACAACGGUAGGUGGAAUAGCCUAACCGUCGAACCGUUACAGUAGCCUAUGACCUAGACGAGUCUCUCUUCACUUCUUGAAGUUGAUUCAAGUUCACAUGGAACUGCUGAAGCAGUUCCUGCGCCAAUAUCCUUCAGAAAGUCUGAACUUCCCUCACUAGGAUGACCUUAGGGAGCAAGGUCCCUAAAUCAUGCGCUCCAUUUUUUAAUUGUGAGCAAAUAUUAAUUUAAUUUAUAAAAUUUAUGUUUUUAAAAAGCAAUUCGUUCAAAAUUAAACAGAAUCAGCUCUAGAUUUCAUUAUACUAAUUAUAAUUUAUAUAUCAAAUUUUUUUCCAUAAAAAAUUUUUCUAUUAAAAAAUUUUUGUUCACUCACGGAGGGUGGUUUUUUUGGCAAAAAAUGGCGAUUUUUCUAAUGGUUUUGUUCACUCACGGAGGGGGGGGGAGUUAGCAAUUAUUUUCUUGUUCAUACUGAUUUUCACACUUAUUGAUGAGUCUAUCAUUAACCGUAAAAUCCAUAUAGGAGGAUGCUGGACUGUAAAAUUUCUUUGUUUUUUGUGUGUGUGUUUAUUAUCUUUUGCAAUGGGUGACUCAUUCUUUGUAUUAUUUAUUUAGGAAUAUUAUUACACCUUCGCUAUCUAUGCUUCUGUUAUAUUUCUUAUCGCUCAAGUUUUAGUUGUUAUUGAUAUAGCAUAUACAUGGAAUAGUAAUUGAUUUGAAAAGUAUGAAGAAGGAAAUAACUAUUCAUAUUAUUUAAUAAUUUCAACCGGAAUUGCUUGAAUAGGAAGUAUAGCUUGCACAAUUUUCAGCUUUUACUGAUUUACAGGUACAGAUUGUGGUGAAAACUUGUGACUGAUAAUUUCAUCAAUCAUUUUAGGGGUUGCGUUAACUAUUUUUUCAAUUUCUGGGUAUGUGGAUGAUGGCUGUAAUUAUUAUUUAGCCCUGUUUACGAGCUCAAUCAUCAAUCUGUAUCUUAUUUAUUCAUGCUGGGAUGCUCUUGCAGGCGAAUAUUCUCAUUGCAAUUCGAUAUCAGGUCCACUCACAAAAAUCAUCAGCUUAGCUCUAAGUCUUCUUUUGAUGAUAGUUAUUGCUGCAUAUAUCAGUUUAAAUCAAGGUGCAAGCAAUGAAAUUCUGUCUGAGGAUGUAGAAAAACCCUUAUUAAACAGAAAAACAACCCAAGAUCCAGACUUACACAUUCCAGUAGAUACAAAAUCCAUGAUCUAUUUUCACUUAUUAAUGGUUUUUUCUUCAAUCUAUAUUGCAGUCCUACUCACUGAUUGGGAUUCUCAAAAGUAAUUAUCAUAUAGCUCAAACAUCGGCAAAUGGAUUAAAUUUUCUUCUUUAUGGCUUACUGCUGCACUGUAUCUAUGGACUAUGUUAUCUUCCUUUGAACGCCAUUAA